AUGGAGGGGGGCAUGGAGGAUGCUGGAUGGGGCAUGGAGGAUGGCAGCCAUGGAGCUGGUGCUGCCAGGCCCCACCUGUCAGGGACCCCCAGCCCGUCCCGCCUGGCGCUCCGGGCACGCCGGGCGGGAGCAGCACGUUCCCACCGCCGGGUGCGAUAUGACGGCGUGCCAAAGGAUCUCUGCGAGCUGAACAGGGGGGAAUAUCCUGGCAUAGAAUUUAAAAUUCCCGCGGGGCUGUGUCUCUGUCCCAGGGCGGGGGUGUCCCAGUCCCGGGGCGAUGCUCGUCCCGCCCCGCCGCUGCCGGUGUUCCCGCCCGGCUCGGUGGGUUGGGGGGUGCAGCCGGCCCGGCCCCCGGGCUCCCGGCGGGGAGGGCCGGGCCAGCCCCGCUCUGAUCCCUCCUCCUCCUCCUCCUCCUUCCCCGCCCGCCGCCUUUUCCCCGCCGCCGCCCGCCGGGCGCAUCCCAGCGGACUCUGUCGGGACUCAGGGCGGCGGCGUUCGCCGCCGGCCAUGGCCGUGCCCGCCGCUCUGCUCAGCCCGCACCACCUCCUCUCCUUCUGCUUCCCCGCCUCCGCCGGCGGGCUCCUGGGCUAUGCCGACCUGGAGAAGGGCUACGAGGGCGGCGGCGGCGGCGAAGCGGGGGACUUUAGAGAAGCCACCCGGGACCUGCUGAGCUUCAUCGACUCGGCUUCCAGCAACAUCAAGCUGGCGCUGGACCGGCCGGUGAAGUCCCGGCGGAAGGUGAACCACAGGAAGUACCUGCAGAAGCAGAUCAAGCGCUGCACCGGCAUCAUCGCCGCCGCCGCCCCGCCGCCCGCCGCCUGCCCGCCCGCCGCCUGCCCCGCCCGGCCCGCGCCGCGCCGGGAGCCCGCGCCGGGCAGCAGCCUGCAGAGCAAGAGCCUGGCCGCCCUCUUCGGCUCCCUGCAGCGGGGCCGGGGCGCGGCGGGCGGCGCCGAGGCACGGGCGGGCGGCGCGGAGCGGGCGGCGGGCGGCCCGCGGAAGGUGCCGCUGCGGGACCGUAACCUGCCGCCCUCCUUCUUCACGGAGCCCGCGUUGCCCGGGCCCGCCGCCCGCGGGCCGCCCUCCAAGGAGCCGGAGAAGGGCGGCGGGGCGGGCGGCGCCGAGGCCACCGAGUUCCUGGAGCUGCUGUGCCCCGAGUACGGCGCGCUGCUGCCCGAGCACGCCGCCCCGAGCGACGCCUUCGGCGGCCGGCUGCCCGCCGAGCUGGGGCUGGAGCACGGGCUGUACGAGCUGCCGCUGCCCGCCGGGCCGCACCCGCUGCUGGGCGGGCUGCUGUACCCCGAGCCGCCCUGGAGCCCGGCCGCGCCCUGCAGCCCGCCCAGGAAGGCGCCGCCCGAGCCGCUGCGCCCCAUCUACCCCGGCGGCGGCGGCGCCGAGCCCGUGCCCGGCAGCGAGGAGCCGGGGGGACACCUGCCCGCGGGGUUCGCCCCCUUCUUCCCCGAGUGCCCGCUGCCCCCGCCGCAGCCGCCCUACGACUACGGCGGCGGGUACCACCGCGGGGCCUACCCCGGCCUCUAGGGCCGCCGGCGCCC